CACUGCAUUUCAGUCCAGAGAGAGAGAGAGAGAGAGAGAAAGAGGGAGAGAGGGAGAGAGUGUGUGUGUGCGCGCGUGAGUGUAUGUGUAGUGCUGCUGCAGGAAACUCGCUGCACCUUCAUCACCACCAUCAUCAUCAUCAUCCUGAUCAUGCGCGAGCCGGAGGCAGAAACAGCAGCAGCAGCAGCAGCAGCUGGAUUUUCCCACAUCUGCACGCAUGGGCACUGAGCAGCACUGAGGAGUAUUUUAAAGCAAAAGAGUUUUAAAGCACCAGGUGCAGAGAGGAGCUGCUGUGCCAUCAUGGCCGGCCAGGAGUGGACUGACUGGUUCGAGAGGGAGGAACUGAUCGGUCAGAUCAGCGACAUCCGAGUGCAAAACCUCCAAGUUGAGAGAGAAGUUGUUCAGAAGCGGACCUUCACAAGAUGGAUGAAUCUGCAUCUAGAGAAGUGUAAUCCUCCAUUGAUGGUGAAUGAUCUUUUCCAUGACAUUCGAGAUGGACGAGUUCUCAUGGCCUUGCUGGAGGAGCUUUCAGGAUGCAGGCUGCUGCAUGAAUUCAAACCGUCCGCGCAUCGCAUUUUCAGGCUUAAUAACAUAGCCAGGGUUUUGGCAUUCCUGGAGGAAAGAAAUGUAAAGUUGGUCAGCAUCGAUGCCGCAGACGUCGCUGAUGGCAAUUCUUCCAUUGUGCUCGGACUGAUCUGGAAUAUCAUUCUCUUUUUCCAGAUAAAAGAGCUUACAGGAAACAUAAGGAACCAAUUCCCGUCCUCUUCCAGCCUGUCGUCUAUCCCAACCAGCUCAGACUCAGACAUGUCACAGUCCAGCACGCCGUCAGAUGAGAAGAAGCCAUCCAUCGUUGCCAGGGAUCAUGGAAAAGCCAUAAAGACUCUCUUGCACUGGGUCCAGAGACGUACCAGGAAAUAUGGUGUGGCAGUCCAGGAUUUUGGCAAGAGCUGGACAAGUGGUCUGGCGUUUCUUGCAGUCAUCAAGUCCAUUGACCCGAGUCUGGUGGACAUGAGGAGAGCUCUGCUCAGAUCGCCCAGAGAGAACAUCGAAGAGGCCUUCAGGACGGCACAUUACAGCCUGGGCAUCCCACGACUUCUGGAGCCUGAAGACGUAACCCUGAAUCGUCCUGACGAACAGUCCAUAAUGACCUACGUGUCCCAGUUUCUGGAGCACUUUCCAGGAAUCGAGGAGGACGAGCCUUCGGAUAUCCUGGAGAGGAAUAAGGUCAGUGCGCGGAUGACAGAGUUGCCGGUUAAGAAUGGAGUUCAGAGGAAGAGAGAAAAGUCCAGUGUAGUGAAGAGAGACUGGGUUCAGCCUCCACCCAAGAUCUUUAUCUCCUCGGUGGUUAAAGAUCAAGAACAAAAACGUUCUCCUGUCCCACUCCAAACGGUAGAUGACCGACCUUGGGACAGCGAGGACUCCUCAGUGGGUUCGAGUCCCAGUACUACAGAAAAUCGACCUCUGAGUCGCCCAAUGGGCCUGAACAGGGACCCUUCCUCUCCCUUGAGCUCCCCACAGCCGUCUCUCAUCGACUCAGCUAUGGAUUUUCCAGAAUCGUGGGCUGAGACGCCUAGUGAGCUUCCACAGUCGUGCAGCAAUGACUCUCUGAGAGAUUCCACCUCAGCAGGCGAUCUGACCUCACUAGGUUCUCCACUGGAAUCAGAGAGGGGUCUGCAAGAUCAGGUAGAUUCAGAGUUGUUCAUUGAUGAGGGAAACUUUUCGCUCAGCUUAGAGGCUAGAUCUGCAUUGCUGUCUGAGGAGGAGGAUGCUUAUAGGUACAUUUUAGAUCUUAAGGAGGAAGAAUCUGCCAGUGAUGUGCCUAAUGAGGAUGUCAUGAAAAACUCAAAUGCACAGGAACCUUGUCCCGAGACGAAUCCAGAUAAACCCACAUCUUCUGAUCCUUACUAUGGGGACAGUGACUCUGGGUACUAUCCAGAUCAGAAGGAUAUAUCCACACCUCAACCAGAUGAUGACAGUAAGAGUUUGCUGUCCCCAGAUUCUAAUAAACCAGUUGAUGUUGUUGAAAAUGAAUUGGAGAACCUGGCUGAAAAUCGCAAAGAAAAUCUUGAGUCUUCCAACACUGAAGCUGUACAGAAGACCUCUACUGAAUCCGAUCAAACAAAUGUUUUUGAGGAUGACCAAGAGUGGCCUGUUGUUCAGUAUGAGAGGAUUUCCAUUUCAGGGAGUGAAGAGGACAUUGAAGAACUUGGAGCAGAAUUGUGUGAAGAACCUCUUGAUGAUCAAAUAGAGGGAAACCAGAUGCCAGAUGUGUUUGGUAGCAGGAUGGAGGAUGGUGCUGCAGACAAAAAUUACAGUUUCAGAAAGUCUGAAGAUGUAGAUCAGGUGCAGGAACCAGAUCAGAACAGUCCAAAGCCAGAAGACAAAGCAGAUCAGAUCAGUACUGAGUAUGAGCUUCCUCAGAUCCCCACAAACCAGCCUGGGGCAACAGAUACUGAGGCAGAGAUCCAAGAGAAAGAGGAACAGAAGUCUGGCACUGAGGAUUCAAGCAAAACUGAAGAGCCAACAAUGAAAGAUUUGGGUGAAUCCUACCAACAGAUGACCGACAGGCUGGUGGAGACGAACGUUCCGGAGGUUGAAGAAGAGAAGCCGGAAUCCAGCCCUGUGAAGCAGCCCAAGAAAAUUGGUGAGAACGUCACCGGUGAUGAAGAAACAAGUCAAGGUGAUUUAAGCCUUGUUCAAGAGGACAUUGUCGCUAAAAGCAAGUUGGAGGAUGAGCUGAGUGCAACCCAAAGUCUUCCUGAGACUGAAAUUAUGCCUGAAAAUGGGAUCAUCGAAGACAAGUGUGAAGACGAGUGCAUGAAGGAAGAAGACUCCUCAUCCAGUCUGCAAAAUAUCAGUAAUUAUAAGGCUAUGGAAGAUGCACUGUUUGAGAACAACAUGUCCAUGCCAGUAUCUGUGACCUCUCGGAGUAAUGCCCUUGUAUCUGACAUCCCCACACCUGAGGCCUUGGACGAGCCAAAUCCUGGCACUCCAUCCUGUGCAGAAGAUGAGCAGUCCUUCAGCCCACCGACACCCAGCAUAGGAGACCAGCCGUAUGAUAAUGAGAAUGAAGGACAGGCCACUUGGGAGGAGACCAAGAUUCUGGAUACGGAGCGGGUGGAGAGAUACCGUGCAGAGCUCCGGCUGUCGCUCAGCGUGACUCCUCUGCAGCCCGCGCCCUCGCAACCUGCGCUUACUGACUCUGACAGUGCGCAGGAAAAGGUGAUUACCGUUGAUGAUGGAGUUGUGGAGUCUCCGGGACAGAGCCCGUUCGGGCUUUGGGUUGCACACCCAGGAGAAUGGGGCUUGGUGGAGACGGACCUGGACGCAGAGAUCGAGCGCAAUAAGAGAGAAGAACAGAAAAACAGAGAGGAAGAGAAGAACGAAGACUCUGCCGCUGCCAGAGAAAACACGGACACACUGAGGGAAGAAGCUGCCAGUGAGCGAAGCACUGAAGAUGAGAACCAGCCACCGGCACUUUUGAGCGUACCAGAAGUGGUGGAGGUGAAAGAAGUGAAGCAACCCAGAGAAAACGGAGAAACUCCCGCUGCCAUAACGACAAAUCAUGCAGACGAAAGGUGUGUGAUGUGUAAUAAGAAGGUGUGCAGUCCUGUACGGACUCCACAGCGAGCAAAUCACCCAGAGCUCUCAGAAGUCGACUUCCUGCUGCUCAUGUGGCUCCUCCUGUACUGCCUGUUCGUCCUGCCUCACAUGGACAUACGGACGAUUUCCCGCUUCCUGCUCAACCUGGAUGAGUGAAAACACGGGAUCAGAUUAACCAACGCAGGAUUAAUUAACGCAGGAUUCUGCUCGCUUUCUUCCACAGCUCACAUAUCGUGAAUGAACAUUCUGGGAGAACUGACAGCACGUUGCCAUAUCUGUACAUUUUAAAUCCUCGUACACACGCAUGGACUAAUCGAAGGGUGUGUUUACUGUUGAGGUUUUUUUGCAUCGGCCGACAGGUUGCCAGGUUUACAGCUGUUCUAUAGCCUACACACUGCAUCUUCUGGACACGAAUGCUUUAACAAGUCCGUAUUUUAACGAGAAGAUUAAUAUUAUGACUAAUAAAUAAUCUUUUUUGCAGUUUUGGCCUUUGGUAUGGUAAUGCGUAUGCUGUUUGAUAUUUCGAUUGUGCACUUAUAUUAUUUUAAGCUCGUAACUGAAUUGCCAUCACCAGUAAGGAGUUAUUUAAUGGGCCACCUGCAUUCAGGCUGUAUUCUUUAUUAUUCUAUAACUUUUUUUUCUUUUUUUUUAAUUAAUUUGAAGGAAAUCCCCAAAUUUUUAUUCACCUGAUUAAUAAAUCAAUUAAUGAUGGACAGAACUGUCGCUCCAAUGCUAAAAUUGUGGCAAUAAAAAAUGAUUAUUGCGAUUUCAAAUCCUAACACAUUUUUCAUCUGUAAGGUUACGUUGCUGAUGUAAGGCUGGAUUUUGGUUUAACCACCGUGAUUUCAUUGGAUUUUAAAAAUAUCACGAUAUCAUUGAUUAAUAUUUUUUUAAAAAAAGAUUUAGAUGGAAAAAAUUCUUUGUAUUUUGAUGGAGGAUUGCAGAAAACGAGUAUUUUGUCUUUUAAAGGCAAAUCCACCCUGAACGACUUCCAUAUCAAUGUUUAUAAUCAACAAUGCAAAUGUCAAUGGUGUCUGGGAUUUAUUCUGAGUUUUAUUCACAUCCACUGGGAUUGUCUAUGGGAUUUAGCCCUUGCUUCAUGUCCGCAUAAAGAGACUGAUGUGAUGCAGCGGCGCUUUAGUGGUUUAGUCUCUCCAGGUCUUUUACCUCUUCAUCUGAACACUCUGCUCAAACAGAUCAGCUUCUGAAGCUUGAACUUUCACACCGAUUCUGGCAUCAACACCAUCACACUCAUCAUCUCGUACAUCGCUAUCUAUCCAAGCUGAGCCUCUGCAUCAUGCAUCUGCAUUGCAUUCUGGGACUUUGCCUCCCCACUAGUUCUACACUGGAUUUCUCAAUAAUAUGACAUUUCUAUAAAAUGCAGAGUGAGAAAAGAAGCACUUGUGGAGCUGAAUGUUAUCCUUGUGUUUGAGAUCGCCAUUAUAACUGCACCAGAAAUGUCUGUCUGUGAAGUCAGAGCAGCACAAAAUAAUGAAAAAUACAGCAUCAGCCAGCAAAUUAGCACCGAAAUCGCAAAAAAAAAUCACAAAUAUUUCAAUAUAAACAUUUAAUAAGCUUCGGGGUGGAGUUUUCCUUUAAAAUGCCAAGUUAUGAACUAACAAGAUGAAAAUGUCAUGUAUGAUUUCAGGUUUUCUGAUUAUAUUCAACACAAAUAAUAAUAAUGAUAUCUUUAAUAUCGACACGUGCCUAAAUGCUGGGAGGAUUUUUCUUUAUGUAAAAUAAGAAUAUCCUGAGUGGUCCUCUUGAAUACAGCCUAAUUAAAUUUCAAUUUAAUUAAAAUGCACUUUUACAGAAUCCACGACUUCUAAACCAUAAGUCUUUUUGAAUAAGCUUCAACGGUGUCAAGUUGCACUUUCCAGAACACAAAGCGCCAAAAAGAGCCGCCAAAGAUUUAGUUGGACGCUAAAGUUACGCCGCUCAGAGGGGCCGAUGAAAGAUGGAUUUUACUCUUCUUUUAAUAAUGAAGUAUUUCAAAAGUGACAGAGCUGUUGUUCUAUAUUUACGUGUAUAUUUUACAGCACAUAAAUCAUGUCUACACUGCUCAGUUUACCCGUUGCUUAGGGUGUUGCUGAUGGGUUUGAAAUUUUUGAUUAUUUUUAGUGAGGUCUGUAUGUAUCUGGUAUUAUAUAAGCCAUUUCAAAGGAAGUGGGUUUUUUUUCCCUGUUGACCUGUUGCGUUUGUCAUUUUUCCUUUCUAUGUGUAGAUAAGUUAUAGAUAAUCAUUUCCUUAAUGCUGUAUGGCCAUACACUUUGUUGAAAAUUCAGUUGCACAGAUUUGUAUCACUUACAGAACACCAAUUGCAAGCACUGUGUGUGUGUGUGUGUGUGUGUGUGGCAUUAAAGUAAAGGCAACCUUGUUGAAAUAUUGUACGUCUUCUAUCCUGUACGUUGACACGUCUAGCAGUCGCAAAAGACCCACAUCCACAAUCUGUGCAUGAGGAUUUUGUGGUUGCGGAACAAGUUUUAAGUUUUGUAAUGCUAUCUGGUAAAUCAGUACUUCACUUUUGUAUUGAAGAUCCUUGUGCAAAUAAAUAAUAUGCCUCCUAAAACCAAA